GGGAGGGAGGGAGGGGAGGGACGGCUCGGAGGCAGGCAUGCAGGCGCGCCGCCUGGCCAAGCGCUCCAGCCUGGGCGGCCGCCGCGGGGGCCCCGCGCUGCAGCCCCAGGGCGCGGCGCCCGAGAUCGGGAGGCCGCCGCUGCCCCCGCCGCCGCCGCGGAGUGCUGGGGCCGGUCUCGCUCGGGCCUCCGGGGCGCUCGCGUCCUCCGUGCUGCUGCUGCUGGGCGAGGAGGACGAAGACGAGGAGGGCGCGAGCCGACGGCGGCGGAGUCUGGGGCGGGUGCCGGAGAAGCCCCGAGGGGGCGCGGAGGAGGACGAUGACGACUACGAGGAGGACGACGAGGAGGGGGUCAUCGAGGUGGUGGACGGCGACGAGGACGACGACGAGGGCGAGGAGCGCUUCCUGCCCCUUGGCCCUGGCCGCGCGGUCUCCAGGGGCCCGGCCCGGGGUGCGUUGAAGGUAGGGAGCAUCAAGCGGGACAUGUCCUUCACGUUUCAACCAGAGGACCUAAAACGAGACUCAAGUAAAAAAAUGUCUCAUCAGCCCUUGUUCCCCUUGGCUGUGGAGGAAGACAUAAAAACAGCAGACACCAAAACUGCAAACCGGGCCCUUGACCAUGACAAAGAAAACACCCGCUCCAUCUGUCUCCUUGAGCAAAAGCGAAAAGUUGUUUCUUCCAACAUUGAUGUUCCUCCAGCAAGGAAAUCCUCAGAGGAACUGGACAUGGACAAAGUGACUGCAGCAAUGGUACUAACCAGCCUGUCCACCAGCCCUUUGGUCCGAAGUCCUCCUAUGCGGCCGCAUGAGGGCCUCAGCGGAUCCUGGAAGGAGGGUGGUGCCCCAUCCAGCAGCUGCAGCAGCGGCUACUGGAGCUGGAGUGCCCCCAGCGACCAGUCCAACCCGUCCACCCCGUCACCACCGCUGUCCGCCGACAGCGCCAAGCCCUUCCGCAGCCCCGCGCCUGACGACGGCAUCGAUGAGGCUGAGGCCGGCAACCUGCUCUUCGAUGAGCCCAUCCCCAGGAAAAGAAAGAAUUCCAUGAAGGUGAUGUUCAAAUGCCUCUGGAAAAACUGUGGGAAGGUGCUGAGUACUGCAGCAGGGAUCCAGAAACACAUCCGGACCAUUCAUCUCGGGCGUGUUGGGGACUCUGAUUAUAGUGAUGGCGAAGAGGACUUCUACUACACAGAGAUCAAGCUCAACACAGACUCGGUGGCAGAUGGACUGGGUAGCCUGGGUCCGGCUUCGCCCUCCCAAUCCCUGGCUUCGCCACCCACCUUCCCCAUCCCGGAUUCAAGCCGAACAGAAACCCCUUGUGCCAAAACUGAGACUAAACUGAUGACGCCCUUGAGCCGCUCAGCCCCCACCACCCUCUACCUCGUGCACACCGACCACGCUUACCAGGCCACACCCCCUGUGACCAUUCCAGGAUCAGCCAAGUUCUCCCCCAAUGGCAGCAGCUUCAGCAUCUCUUGGCAGUCUCCUCCAGUUACCUUCACAGGCAUUCCAGUGUCACCAACACAUCACCAUCCUGUGGGCACAGGAGAGCAGAGACAGCACAGUCACACGGUCUUGUCCUCUCCACCCAGGGGGAUGGUCAGCCUAAGGAAGCCUCGGGGAGAAGGCAAGAAAUGCCGGAAGGUGUAUGGCAUGGAGAACCGAGACUUGUGGUGCACGGCCUGCCGCUGGAAGAAGGCCUGCCAGCGCUUCCUGGACUGAGACCUAAGGGACAGCAGUAAUCUGGUCACGGCCACCGGGUCACAGCCACCGUGGGUCACCCCACCUUCGCCUCCCACUGCAGCUUUUGGGAAAGCGUUCUUCCUUCUGAACAAAUACAUCCGGAGCCCAGGAAAACACUUCCAGGAACCUUGGUGGAAUUACAGCAAAAAAAUAAGUCACACAGUCACUGGUCUGUUAGGAGUCUCGCCUAGAGCAGCUAUUACUACUUUUUUGUGUGUGUGAAAAGGAAAGUCAAUUUGCUUUACUAUGUGUCUAGGUCUGAAAACUGUGGACUUCCAUAGCAAUGGAAUCAACAAUGCCCAUUUUACCUAGAAAGGAGGCAUAUUUUGAUAAGCUUUCUGAAAAAUACCAUUUCGGUAAGGGGGAGGGGGCGGUGGGUAUUGACACAAAAAAAGCUACAUGUGAUGCUGUAGCUUUUGUACAAAGAACAAUACCCACUUUUGUGUGAAUAGUCUUUUCCCAAUUUCCAUUUGACUUUUUGGGGCAGCACUCUGGGUAUCUUUUCCAUGUCUUUCUCUUUGUUUUGUUUUGUUUUGUUUUGUUUUGUUUUGUUUUUGUUUUGUUUUGUUUUGUUUUGUUUUGUUUUGUUUUGAAGAAUGGCCUGGAAAUGGUAGAGCGGUGGGCUUGCAGGAGCCCUGAUGGUGGAAAUUCAAAAAGAGGUUGACUGAACUCACCAGCAGACUUCAGCUCCAAGCUGAGCUCAGGACAUCCAGCUGUCACUGAUGGGAAACACCUAGAAGUCUUCGUGAGAUCCGUAAGAAGCCCUUCCCCAAGCAGCUCCUCCUCUGCCUACUCAGCUCAAUCCAGAACUGGCACGUGGAGCCCUCUGGGUAAGCCUGACACUUCUUUCAGGGAUGUGAUGGGAACCGCAGCUAAAAUCUGUGUGUCACCACACGUCUGGCAAAGUCAUUGCCAGGUCUAUGGGCCAUCGAGCUUCCCCUCAAAACUCCUCACUGUCUGGUCUGAGAAACGUCAAGAAAAACUGUCCCUGCAGAUUUGCCUUUAAACAGCAGAGCACAGCCUCCAUGUCUCCACCUGUUCAGAAAGCCCCGUGAGGUCAAACAGACCAACCUCCAGUCUGCGUGCACUUGGGCAGGUUUCAUGCUUUAGUGUGUCUGGGAGAUGGGUUUAUGAAUACUCUAAAUAUUUUAUGGGUAAAGAGAAGAUCCAAACCUUUAUUUUUCUUGUGAAAAUAGUGGAGCUAUUCAUUAAGAAUUUGGCUCAGAAGGAAACAUUGAGAACGCCGAAAGGAAAACGCAUGUCGGUAUAGGAUGCUCUUGAUUUAGUAGGACAGGGCUUGUGCUGUGUUCUACUUAUUAGGCUUUCUCACCUGGUUGGUUGGUUGGUUUUUGUGGUAGUGGUAUGGGGGGAGGAGGGUAGUUGUCAAGCCCUCCAACUUCCUACCCUCCUCUCAAUUGCCCUGCUAGAGAGUUAUUUCUCCUAUACCUAUGCAAAGAGGUACAAGCACCUUACAGGAUGCACUGUGCAGGACGGGAGCCUAGGAUCAGCCAUAGGAAUGUUAAAGAAGGUUGCACAGAGGAAAGUUUAAUAUACAUCUAGAGAUUGUACAUACACCUUUGUUUAAAGAGUAGAAAGAGUAACUCUUUGUUUAAAGAGUAAUUCUGUAAUGUAAUAUCCGCAAUCUAUAUGGUUAUAUUUUGGCAACUUGAUUUUUUAAAAUUCUCAUAUGACUUUUCAAACAUUAUUCCCUAGAAGAGAUCCUAUUUUCCUCCUUCAUUUAUUUUUUUCUGUAAAAACACUUAUUCUGAGAAAACGCUUAUUUCUGAGAGAAAAAGAGCUUUAUUUAAUUUCACAUCAUGAUACUCGAUCAGCACGCACCAUGGCAUCAGCUGUAAUGUAUGUUUAGUAUUUAUGAGGUUAGCCGAGAAAAGACAUUUUUUUAAGUAGAAAAAUGUUUUUGCAUCCUCUACCCUAGCAUGUUUUUCUCCUCCCGGGUGACCUGAUGCUUCACCUACAGGCACCGCCCACUGUGAGACAGGCUCUGGCCUGGUGCCAGGGCCCUGAGCUGUAGAUGGAGUGACCCAUGAGUCCAGGGCAGAUCAUGCAUUUGAGCAGAUUCACCAUGUACUUAAGUGGUGGUUGGGGUACAACCCCGGAGCAGAGGGUUUUCUCUUCAACAAAGUUCCCUGGCUCUUGAUCCUUGGAUUAUGUCACUAAUCAAAAAUUAUUAACAUGAUGAGCUGCUGAAUUUAUCCCCCCAACACACAGAGGACUUUUGGACUCAAGGAGGGAGAGAGCUUUGCUGUGGAGCAACCUUGGGACCAGGCUCUGCCGCUAUCCUGCAGAGACAGGGGGCAUGAGUAGUUCUGAGCUCUGCCUGGAUUUUAGCCAAAUGCACAGGUAUGAGCAGAAGAUGGAGCUGGGUGCCCUUCCCUGGGAGUUCUUUGCCUUUGCAACACCUUCUUUACAUGUACUCUCCCAGGUCUCCCACCACAUGGCGGCUCCUCCCUGGCCAUACAGACACCUCUACCCUAUAUGAAGGCAUGUAGUAACUAGGGGGCCACCAAGCUUUUCCUGGCUGGCCUUGAACAAAAAGGAAUUAAAUUUCUUGAAGGCCACCCACCAAGCUAUGAAUUGCAAUAUACAACACUGAUUGUAAAAGCUAAAUUUUUUUUAAUGUAAAGCUAUUUUGUUAUCCUUUGGAACUAAACAAAGUGCCAAAUUAAGCCCAACAGUUAUUUAUGCCAUCUCUGGGGCACCAUGCUCUUUUAUGUUCUCUCACUUGGCAGAGGUGGUGGAUGGGAAGGGGUGUCCCACAGCACACUGGCUGCUGAACUGGAGCCCCAUCCAUCACAGGGACCUCGGAGACUUGUCUGCAACAGGAAUGCAAUGCAGUGGAUUCUGGUCCCAAAGUAUUGCUAAAUAAGGCUCAUCAUAGCAUUGACUUUUCUCUCCCUUGAUAUUCCUUCCUUCAGAAAACAUUUCUCAUCUCUCUCCAAAGAAGGCAUUUCACAGUGAUGGACAGGUAUUCUCCAGAUAACUGCACAGUUAGAGAGAAAGUCAUCAGACAGUAGAUUGAACCCUUAGUCCAGGGGUGCCCAACCCAUGGCCCGUGGGCUGCAUGUGGCCCAGGGUGGCUAUGAAUGUGACCCAACACAAAAUCUUAUAUUUAAAAAAAUAUAAGAUUUUUUUUGUGAUAACAUGUCACAAUGUAUUUAACGUGUAGACCAAGACAACUCUUCUUCUUCCAGUGUGGCCCAGAGACACCAAAAGGUUGGACACCCCUGCCUUAGUCCUUCCCAGGGGACAUGCACCCAAGUUGUAGGAUGCAGCGUGACAACUUGGAGAAAGUAACAAGAGUGUUGGAGAACCAAGAAGAAACACGAGAGGCCCAUGGGCACCUGGCUCCCACCCCUUAGUGCUGAUCAGCCACUGGUGGCUGUCCGUGGGCCCCGCUGGGGGAGCGGCCAUCUGCAGUGGGCAGAAAUCAGGUGUCCACACCUGUGGGAGCAGCCCACUGCCUUCUUCAGCAGACUUCAUUGGAAACAAAAGCACAGCUUUCACUUGAGAAUGUUUAGAGAAAAGUGGAAAGACUUGUACAUUUAGAAUAGAAUGCCUUGAGAAUAGUAGCAAAAUACUAUAAAUAAUAUUCAUUUCCUCAGGGAAAAUUAAAGGGUAUGUGAAAAAUAGAACUGGAGGAGCUUAAUAUUAGAAAGAUAUUAUCUCCAGAGUCUUCUAGUCAGAAAAAAAAUUUUUUUUCAUGAACAUGAUGUUAUUUCAAGACAAAGUUACAUGAACUAGACGGGACCAACAUUUCUGGGGCUGGGGGAUGCUUUAUAGGAAGAGCUGUUUCUCUGUGGCUGUGCUGUGGUCAAAAGCUGGUGUGUGGCCCACAAGCACCAUUCCGGGUGGGUGUCCAGAGACUCGUGGAAGGCUUUCUCGGAAUGUAAUUGUGAAUAGGAGGCCUUGGCAUUCCUCUCAUCACCGGUGGGUUCUUAGUUCACCAGAGUUCUUAGCUAUGAGCAGAAGCUCCCAGGGGGAAAGCGUUCAAGCUGUGAUAGUAGGUUAAGGAGCAAACUUCCAUGGACUUUUCUGGACAAGGUGCUGCUUUUUCUCAUGGCCCUGUAGAAUUUCUCUUGACCACUUCAACUGUGGCAGUGACCUGGUGAGUACCAGGAAGAAUCUGCACACAAGUGAGUGGAAACAUGGCAGAAUUCGUGGGUAUGGGUGGGGGUGUGGAUCAUUUUGGAGAAUGUGCUGGGCAUGAGGGGCAACUGCAGAUUUCAUUUCUUCUAAGAAAAUAACCCUCCUGGCCACGGACACACACUCCUUGCUCCCGAUACCUGUGGGGAUUCUCCCUGAGGGUUCCUUUUCAUGGAAACUGUUUCCUUUGUCUUUUUCUAUUGGAACUAGUUGAACCACAAGUCAGAAAAUAAAAUGAAAUCAGCACUUUGGGGUACCAAUUAUACCACCAAUCCAGCAAGAAAGUAUAAGACAUAUGUCAUUGCAACUGACUUUGAGCCUAUUAUCCAAUGGUCUGGAUUACAGGUCCCCAGCCCUGGGCUGUGGACUGGUACCCACCUGUGGCCUGUUAGAAACAGGGCCACGAGCUGAGCUCGCCUGAGUUCCCCCUCCUGUCUCCCGCUGUCCCCCUCCUCUGUACCCUCCCCCACAGCCCCGUCUGUGGAAAACCCAGUCCCUGGUGCCAAAAAGUUUGGGGACUGCUGGUCUAGAUCAGUGAUUUUCAACCCUUUUCAUCUCAUGGAACACAUAAACUAAUUACUAAAAUUUUCUGACACACCAAAAAUAUAUUCUAUUUUUGCCAAUCUGAAAAAAAAAAGGUAUAAUUUUGAGUGAUUCACACCAGACACCUAUUGCCAUGUUGGCUGUUAUAAUUUUUUUGUUUGACAAUCUAUGAGGAAGAGGUCAGUGUCCCUAACUAAAUAGCGGUAUUGCAUGUUUUCAAAAUUCUUGCAACACACUGUUUGAAAAUCACUGGUCUAGAUGCUUUAAAAAGUGUAUCUAUCAUAGGACCAGCAAUCAAAGUGAGACUUUUACUUGUGGUCUUGAUUUGUAAAUAGAUCCUUUUUUAAUGACAAUCUCAUAUUUUAUAACUUCUCUUGAGGGUCUGAGAAUCACAAUGGUAAUAUUUAUAUUGGAAUGUAAUCUGAAAUACAAUAACAAUUAUAACUUAAUUUUUCAAAUAAGACAAGAAAUACACUGCUUAGGCUUCUACAAUUCUGAGAGACAUACCACUUUUAUAAUAAGCAUUAGUACUUCUCAAGUUAACAGAACUAGAAAUAUUUUACAGGAUGCAGUGUUUUGUAAUCACAAAAAAAAACAUGAACAUUUUCUGAGAAAUGACCUUGGUUUUAUACGUUGUAGCUUAUUUUUUAAAAGACAGUCUUACUGGACAGGAAGUGUUAAUAUUACAAGCAAUUCUUGCUCUCCAAACAAAGGGCUAUGCCUCUUUUAAGGAAGUGUUUUGGUGCAUAUCUUUUCAGUUAACCCUCUGCAGUGAGGGUCAAAAUGUAGGUCAGAUGGAAAGAUUAAUACCAGAAAAUCAAGAUGGCAACAGCUACUCCUUUUAUCAUUAACAGUGUGUUUUCAAUGUAUUGUGAGGGAAAAGACACUUUAAGAAUCAUCCUAUGUAUCUUAAAUCUAGAAGUCAAUUGACAUGCUUAUAAGUAAUGAGAGAAAUAUUGUUAUAAGUUUUUAGUGUAAAAUAUAGAUUCUGCCAUACAUACAAGCUACCAAUUGACCUACCAGAACCACAAACCUGCAUUUAACUAGCAAGCAUCAUUUGGUAGAAAUUUCUAAAAUCAUGGAAUGUAAGACCAAAGGUAGAAUUCUUAGGUGGUCAGUGGUGUUUCAAAUAAUUUUCUCUUCAGCUAAACUUGCACUUCCUUAUCAGAACAAGUGAUUGAUUUUUUUUUUUUACCAGGAGAAUUUACAGACAUGCCAGGUUGGGAUCAGAAAGUCAUAGUAUUCCCAAGAGCUGGGAAAUGAGGAAGGCACCCAUGGAGAGUUUAUUAACUGCACAAGUAAUUCUGAGUUUUCCCAGACCAUUCACAGUGCUGUAGUUCUUUUUUUUUUUUUUUAUCCCACUCACUGUUAAAGCAAGAAAGCAUCUUGUGUUUCUAAGAUUUUACUCGUUCAAAAGCUGGACCCAUUAGCCAAGUAUGCAGAUAACAUCCAAAGAAAAGCUAGGAUACAAUGGUCAUAUACCCAUUGGGCAACUCCUGUGAGGUUGUCAGAGGGUCAUUCAGACCUUGCUUUCAAAUGGGCUUUCAAAUCCAUACACAUGAGGACUAGAAAUGCAUGGAGUUAAGAAAUGACUAUACAGCCUCGCCUCCUGGUCCUUGAGAUGGGGCUGUCUGAAAAUCUCUAUGUCCCUUCCCCUGGAAUGUCUCUGUUGUUAACAUUAGAGUUCCCAAGAAGUAUCCAUUGCUGAAUGGUUUUGAACCAAAUGAAUCUUGCUUCAUUUUUUAAAAAGAUUUUAUUUCUUUAUUUUACACAGACAGAGAAGGAGGGAGAAAGAGAGGGAGAGAAACAUCAAUAUGUAGUUGUCUCUCAUGUGCUCCCACUGGGGACCUGACCUGGCCCACAACCCAGGCAUGUGCUCUGACUGGAAAUCAAACCGGCAACCCUCUGGUUUGCAGGCUGGCACUCAAUCCACUGAGCCACACCAGCUAGGGCAUUGCUUCACUUUUAAGUAGAAGCUUCCUGAUGGUAUAGAGCAGAUACUUUAGAAGGCCCAGGUGGGUUGUGAACGAAUGAUUUAGAUCAGGCAAAAUAUGGACACUGGAGAAUGGUGGCAAUCAUGCUACACAAGAAAAAGCAUGUCCCCUUUGAAGGGGGCACCCAGCAGUAGACAAUCAGAACCAUGCAGAAAUCAGGCCCAGGGAGGCUAGAUCUUCUGACUUGGAAAUGUGAUCUUAACUGACAGCUAAGUGUUAACAACUAACUCAGACUCUUGGCCAACACUGUGCAGACCAAAGGAACCUAAGCAUGGGCAGGUGCAGCCUUUGGCCACCAGAUCCAGCAAUUGGGAGACACACAGUUCAAAUUCCACAACCAUUAGUCAAGUUCCUCUGUCAGCCAACCUCACACUCCCCACACUCAGCUUGGCACUAUCCGGACAACUAAAAUCAAGGAUGGGAAAGAGGUCAGUUCUCCCCAGAAGUCAUUCUCAUGGAAGACUUGAUUAUAGAAGUAUAAUGUCCUCAAACUAGUCUUGCCUCUGAUCAAAAUAUACUGAAGUCUUACCCAGCUCUCACUCUGCUUUCUUGGGGUAUGCCCAGGCCAUGCCCCAGGGUAUUGAAUAACUGUAAUCCUAACUUUCUUAGUGUUUUCACUGCCGUGACCACUGUGAUGAGGGGCUGGAAAGGAGCAGCCUUGUGCCUUCAGAGAAGGCAGCUGGGAGCCCCAAAGUUUAAGACAGCACACAUAGCCUCCUUGUGCUGAAGCCCUUUGCCAACCCUUCUACACUCCUUCCCCCUCCUUCCUGCCUUGUGACUUUUUGUUCCUGGGUAAUAUUUCUGUAGUUUCACCUCUGAUAUGGCAAAAUUCUUGCUGAAAAACUGGUAGGUAUUUGGGUAUUUUAGAGUGUCCACUGACCUCAGAAUGGAAUUUUUCCACACAGAAAACCUUACCAUCUUUAUCUUAGGACAAAGACAAAAUAGGAAUAAAUGUGUUGUGAAAAAAAUUAGGUGUCACUUCCUUCAUUUGGAUGAAGUGGUUUUAGGACUAUAUGGACUAAGUGAUUUUAGUCUGUAUCUCACACCAGAAUCCUGAUGGUGUUGGGACAAUCUCAUUUAUAAUAAAGCAUGCCUCUUCCAGAUGCAUUGUGUUAUUUGUACUUCCUAAGAACCAAGCGGAGAACAGGUAUAUUUAGGGUCACUAUCACCCACCUCCAAGGCUAACUUGGAGUGAUCUUGAACCUGGGAGUCAGCUUCAUGCCUGCCUGCAAGUUCAAUGGCAAGGGCUCAGUAAAGCUCAGACCUUACUCUUUCAGAACAAAUCCAGACCCGAGAAAACCCAGUGACCCACCAUGUUCAGCCCAUUCUUCCAAUCCAGUUUCUCAACAUAGAAGAGCCCAUUCACUCACAUUGUUAAAUACAAAUGAAUGAUCUCCAAAUAAAAACUAGGACUAGAGCAGCACCAUCCUGCAUCUCCUAAGUUUCCAAUCAUGUAGGUGGUCAUUAUAGGAGUUGAGAAGCUAACACGAAUAACAGUUUAGACUCCUUGGGAAAAGUUAUUUUUCUGCCAACAUUCAACAUUUGUUAUCCAUGUAAACCUAAGUUGAUGCCAGGAAAUUUUAAAAUAGCUCAGAUUUACUGUGUGUAAAGAUCACAUCAAAAAGUAAUGUUAACUCCAAGUUUGAAACUGUUAAAAAUUAUCAAGUCUACUUAAUACAGGUCCACCCCCACCUAGCCAAAGGUAGAAUGAGCUUAUGAAACGUUUUGUAAACUGACUCAGUAACACGAAGACCUACGUUAGAGUAAGGUGAUGGCUUUUUUCUCAAAAGCAAAAAUGCUCUUCGGAUUUCUUUUGGUUAGCAAAGACAGGUGUCAAUAUAAGGGUUUCAUAAAAACCAAGUGGCCAAAAGCAAACUUUUCAAAUCGGGGGCCCAUGUAUUACAUUCACUUAGAGGGCAAUUCUCUACAUUUUUAAUUCAGAAAAUUAGCAAGAAUACAAAUUAGCAACUACUGGUGAAGGCAAAGUAAGCUGUCAUUAAAAAGUGACGUUUUCUUUUAAAAAAAGAGUUGCUCAUCUAUGUUCUUCUAACUAAAGAGGAAAACCAACGCUCAGGAGAAGUUGAGCUUUGAGAACAGAGAGCAGUCCCCAUCCUGGCAGCCACCUUGCAUUCACUGGUGAUGCGUCCCUCUGUUAUUGCACUGUUAUUGUGGAUGUUCCUCUCCCAAGGUCCCAGAUUAUACAUUUUGCGUGCUGAUUUCUCACUCUGAAAUAAGAUCCAAGGGGAUGAAAGUCAUCGUGACUGGUGUGUUAGUCUCAAUCUGUGAGGCCACCCCCUCCCUUUAGGGAAGAAUUCCCUGCUCAUCUGUCUGAACAGUUUGGGGAGUGCAGUCAGAGAGAAGGGUCAGUCAGCACACGGCCUGCUGCACCCAUCACAAAAGACUUGCCAAGUCACUGAUAAAGGACAGGCAGACAUCUAGUCCUCUCACGCAGACUCAAAGCCCUGUGCAAGUCCCAUACCACCAGCAAGUGGACCAGGAAUGGUGGGAGGGCAAAGGGAGUAAGCUUCACUGUAAUUGUCCCAGGCCUCACUUUGCCCACAUUAUACAACAUGAAAAUGGAAGCAUUUUUUAAAAUGCGAAAGGAGGUGGCUCCUGCAGGGUGUCAUUUUUUAAAUGUUAUAUUCAUGGAUCUAGAAAGCAGCAGCUUCAAUCCACUCACAUGGUGAAGCCCUUGUCCCUUACCCCGGGGGCAGCCUCCCUCCUGUGCUUUGAGCAGAAAUGGAGGGACCGAGAGGAAGGAGGGAAAACUUUAGGACCAGUGCCUGCUGCCAGAGUUAGAAUGACCCUCCAGGACCCAUGGUACAGCUUCAUCAUAAACUACCCCCACUGCACCCCAAAAUAAGGAUGCAUCUCCUGCAGAUUACAAACCCUUGCUUUGCUCUUUAAAUCUUUUUUUGAUAGACUCUGCUAAUUGGAAAUCAAUGACUGUGAUUUGACCAAGCCCUGUGAUGAUAGAAAAAUCCCUUCUUCUGAAGUCUCCCAACUGUUUGGGGAACCUUCUUGACCACUGGCAGGAAGCUUUAGAAUAGAGUUAGAUUUUUAGGGAAGAGCUCAAUACCCCCAAAUAUACUUUCGACUUCAAUAACUGAAAAUUCCCUGGGUGUAAAAUAACCCAGGAAUGUGGAUCACAUAUGUAAAAAAAUGUCAUUUAUCAAUAUUUUCCUACAAUACACCCUAAAAUCCCUAUUUUUGUAAUUAAUGGUUAGACAGCGGUCAGCCAUUUGAACAUGUGCUUUCUGGAAUAACCAGACACUAGUUUCCAAAGCAUUUUGUGUAUCAAAACCUAUAUACUUAGAAGAACUCAGGAUAAGAAGAAAUUGCUAGGUCCCAAAGGGUUCGUGACUAUCAUCAAAUGCAAAGGCCAAGUGGCCUCCAGUCUUCUUCAAAUGGGCUAGAGAGUGAGAGAAACAGCGGUUAUCACAGAACCUCUGUUGCCCUUAGUUCAUGACAAAGCUUUUUAAAAGUCCACUUUUAAAAAUUAAGCCAUCUUUCAAAUUGUUUUCUAUACCAAAUCUAAACUAUUGAAAUGAAAAUCUAAACAUCUUUAGUGGGGUUGUUAGUGGAAAUGCCGUCAAUAGGCAACAUUGCGCUGUAGUGCCUGUGAAACAAGCAAAGGAGAAAGACAGAAUGAAGGUAAAGAAGGGUUCUUCCUGCAUGAGUCUAGCCUUCAAAUGACAGGCCUUAACUUGUGGUUGGGCACUACUAAUGCAAAAUCAAUGUGGCAACGCUACCCAAUUUUCAGACAUCUUUUGAAAUAGUUUUAGCCACCAUUUGGAGAUGAGCGAGUGCUUACAAAGGUUAUUAGUGUUAGUAAAUGAAUGUACGAAGUUACAAACUAUGCAUUUUCAAAGAGUAAUAUUUAUUUUGUGUCAAACCCAAGUAAAUCCUUUUCAUAGAGACUUAUCACAACCACAAAUUAUUCAAGAUAAACUUGAACACAUGUUAUUAUGGGGAGGUGGGACUCCCAUCUAUAUUCUUCUAGCUGAUAUUUUUAAAGACGGUGCAUUAAAAAUUCAGGCUCUAAACAAAUUCAGCCAUUAAGGUGAAUUAAUAGGAAAUGGUUUAUAUUUUACCUCUUAAACAGAAAAAGGACAUGUUGGCUGUCACAAGAUGUGCCCAGUUUGUAGAGGUAUGUGUUCUAGGAACAUUGGAUUAACAAUCAAACAAAACUGCAUAGAGUUAAUGAGGAUCACAUUGGAUAAAUACAGUGUGGGUUGUAUCUGGUGUGUUUAAUUCUCUACUAAAAAAGUAUUCCUCAAAGGCUUUGGGUUAUGUAGUUCCAAAGGACAAAAUAUAAAAAUAAAAUAUUGUCAUCUGAGGUGGUGAACACAAUACAAUAUACAGGUGGUGUAUUAUAGGAUGGUACACCUGAAACCUAGAAUUGUAUUAACCAAUAUCACCCCAAUUAAAAAUGAAAAAAAUAAAAUAUUUCCUAGCAAAGCAAAUUACUGAUCUUUUUUCGAAAUUACAUGGAGAUGAUGACUCAUUUGGGGGGAUGUUUAUAUGGAAUGUGCACAUGUUUCUUUAGCUCUCUUGUUGAUUUUAUAUGUCCAUGAAAACUUUUCCACUAAUAAUUUAUCUCUGCUCCUUAAUCAAUGCUUUACUAUAUUACACGACAUGAAAAGAAAAUCCUUGCCUUCAUCUGACAAUGUGGAAAUAGAGAAAUCCAUUUCUCCACAGUCUAUUUCCCUUCUGUGUCCACUGACAAUGUUUCUCAACUGUUUGUAUGUAAAAUACUGGGAAACACACUUGUAAACCUGGCACUCAUGUUUAGUUAUACUGGAUAUGUUUGCUACCAUUUAGAAGUUAUGCGGAAUGUCUUUUUGUAUUACUUUUAGCCAAAAUCAGAUGUUCUGAUACUAUGUUUCUGAAUACCUAGUCAACUGUAAAUACAACCUGCGGAGGUCCAGGUUCAGACACUUUUCACUGACUGUUCCUCAGCUGUGCUCCUGGCCAGCUUUUGGCACAUUGUAUAUAGAUUUGUCGAAUGUUUAAAUGAUGUUGUUUUUCUAAAUGCUGUUCUCUAAAACAACUUUUUUGAAAUUUUUUUUUUUUUGCUUUCCAUUGUUUGGGACUUUGUGUGUGCUUUUAAAAAAAUUGUUUUCUAAAUACUUAACACCAGGAAAAAUAUUUCAAAUAAACUGGUGCUAAUUGAAAUAGAAGAGAAAUGUCAGAUUGAAGAUGUACAACAUAAAAUGUUCACACCAGUUAAACUAAAUUGCACUCUCCUGAGGGGACAGCUGGCAUCUACCUGCAGUGGGCAUCAGGGGGACUGCUACAUGUUUACAGCUUCUGUGGCCCACUUAAGUGUGAAAAUAUAGAAAUGGGGCUGUCCCCCCAAGUCAAGGAUUUACUACAUUGGUCUUAUGGAAGAAUAUAAGUAGAAGUAAAGGUUUAUAGUAGGAAUCACGUUAAUAAUAGUCUUCUGGUCUUUGGAGUUUCACGUCUGUAAUGCUUCAUGUAACAAUGAACCUGGUGUUGGUAGUCUAGUCUGACAUCCUCGUUGACCUGCACUCACUGCGUGUACGGUUCUAGCUUGGGCUGCACAGGCACAUGCCGAGCCAGAGCACAGACUGUCGUUAGGCCAGCCUGACUUCUGCAGUGUCCUCACACAUGAACUUAAAUGCACUUGUAACUUGGUAAUUACCAUGAGGUCUAACUUUCAUGUAAUAAAAGUUUUUGUGAUCUGCUUCUA